ACGUAAGAGGACAAUCCAGGGUCACAAAGAUGGCUGCGCCCAGGAUGUAGGCAGGUCAGGCUGCUCUGCAGGAUGAUGCUUGGUAGUGUGAUCACCCUUACAGACACAGUUCCCUGAUGAUAACCAGAAUCGUGAGAGGAUGAUGCAAAGUCUUCAUAUGAUCUCUGCCCUGCAAGUAGCAUAUGUCCGGGGUCUGUGUCGUGGAGGGCGUGCAGUGACCACCUCCUUCUCACAGAAACGCUUCUAUGCGCCCCCCACUGAAAGAAAGAAGUUCUUCAAAGAUGUCAGCAUUUGUCAAGGUGAAGGUGGAUUUGAAAUUAAUUUGGAUCGCAGGAAGUUGAAGACACCGCAGGGAAAAGUGUUCACGGUUCCCAAUGAGCCUCUAGCGCUUGCUGUGGCCACCGAGUGGGACUCUCAACGGGACACCAUCAAGUUCUUUACGAUGCAUCUGACCACACUGUGUAACACAGCCCUGGAUAACCCAGCACAAAAGACCAAAGAGCAGUUUAUUACGUCCUCAUUGAAGUUUCUGGAAACGGACACGAUCUGCUACAGAGUGGAGGAGCCACCGGGACUGGUUGAGCUACAGAAAAAGGAGUGGGAUCCUAUUUUGAACUGGGCAGAAAACUGGUACAGUGUUGUGAUUGGCUCUUCCACCAGUAUCAUGGGUCCUGUAAUUCCUCCUGAGACCAGUGAGGUUUUUCAUCGCCAUCUGACCUCCUACAACUUCUGGGCAUUAACAGGCAUUGAGUUUAUUAUUUAUCAGCUGAAGUCGGUGGUGCUCACUAUGGGUCUCCUAGACCGGGCCCUGACCGUGGAAAGGGCUGUGUUUCUCUCCCGCUUGGAGGAGGAGUUCCAGAUCCAGCACUGGGGGAACGUGGAAUGGGCUCACAGUUAUGAUCUGCAUGAGUUACGUUCCCGCACCGCCGCUGGAACCUUGUUCGUUCACCUCUGCUGCUCAAAAUCGACUGUUCAACACAAGCUGUUACAGGACUGACGCCGGAGCCCCGGGAGUAACGCUCCGGAUGAAGACCUCCAGUCUCACAGGCAAACUGACAUCGGCUGUCACACUUAUAGCUGGACUUGGUGACAUGGAGUAAAAUGACUUAUAAAAAAAAAAGUGAAUAAUACAUUUAAAAAAAAAAAGUAAUCUUGACUGUGGGGGCAGCCAUUUUGUAGGAUUAAGUCACGUACAUGACACUGGGGGCUGGAUGUAAUGAAGUCCGAGUUGGCCGGAGGUAGGGAGGCCAAUCUCUGGCCUUUUUUUCAAUCCCGGGUAUCGGGAUUGAAAAAGAUAAAUCCUGGGAUUCCCAGGAUUGGGUUGAAGACUCUCCUACCCCAGCCCAGCCCACACAAAUACUUACUUACCAUCGUGGGUGGGAGCCGGGCUUGUGGGCAGCGAGGUGCAGUCUGGGUGGCGCGGACGGCUGGCGUCAGAUUCACCAUCGUGGGUGGGAGGGCUCGCGGGCUUCAGGUCGUGAGGUGCGUGCGGCUGGCGUCAAACUAUUUAGCGUGACCUCUGACAUCAUGUCAUGCUGUGCAGUACACACAGCCGGGGGGAGGAGGGAGCCGGGCAGAGUCUGAGCCUCCUGAGAGCGCUAAACGCUGACCGGCAUUAAAAAAACAAUGGGGCAGGUACAUCCUGCAAUCCCCGGGAUUGGAGCUUCCAAUCCUGGGAUUAAAUACCGGGCAUAUUUUGGACUAAAUCCUGGGAUCCCCCCCCGAUCCCAGGAUUGGCCUUCCUAGCCGGAGGUUCAGGUUUCUGGCCAAACUCGGAUGUUUCUUUAAAGCGGCAAUCAUUUACAAGGCAUGGUUUUGCCUUGUACAUGAGUGCCGCUUAAAAAAACAUCCCGCACCUCCGGCCAACUCGGACUUCAUUACAUCCGGCCCUGUUUCUGCCAUGUCGCUGGUGCCUUGUGAAUUGUUAUCCAUGUGCGUAAAAUCGGGCCGAAUAUUACAAAUAAAUCCAUUUUAUUUAAUUGUUAAAAAUAAAUGACAGAAAACGAGUGAAAAUAAAUAAAAAAAAAAAAAUGGAA